AUGAGUCCUCUGGAAAAGAAUUACACCACUUUGUCUUCAAGAAACCACAUAGGAUCUCUUCGGCCCUGGCACCAAUGUUACUACAGCGAUUUGACUUGCCCUAUCUGCCUCCAGGCGGCUAAUUUCCCAGUAGAAACUAACUGUGGACAUUUAUAUUGCGGCUCCUGUCUGAUUGAAUACUGGAAACAUGGAUCUUGGCUAGGAGCAAUAAACUGUCCACUCUGCAGACAAAAGGUUAUUCUUCUUUACAAGAUCUCUUGUGAAAAACAGCAGGACAAUCAGAGCAAACAAAUUGUCUAUGACAUCAGCGAUUACAACAAACGCUUCUCAGGACAGCCUCGGCCUUUUGCAGAUUACCUCUAUGACAUGCCAUUCCUUCUCAACCUUGCCAUACGAGGAGUUUUUACCUUGGGUGGUCUUGUCGGGAUCUUCUUCCUAAGAGUUGUCAUCUGCUCUUUUGGAACUAUUAUGUGCCUAACGUCUCCAUUUGAUGUGAUGCCAGAACCUCUUUGUGGAAUCCUGGGUACAGUGGAUGACCUGGUUGUUGUGUUCCUACUUAUAAUUUCUAUGAUAAACAUUUGUUCACAAAUGGCAUCAGAAGGAGCAAGUUUGGCAAACUCUACAACACAAAAUAUCCUGUUGGAAUCUUAG